AUGGACACCUCCGAUAACGAGGCUACUGCCGCCGCUGCCGAGGCCAAGAAGAAGACACCCAAGGCAGCGGCGGGCAAGGGGAAGGCGACGGGGAAGGGGAAGGCGGCUGCCGGUCCCAAGGCGUCGGCCAAGGAGAGCAGCCUCCUCAAGCAGAAAUCGCCUGCUGAAUUCUUCGCGGAGAACAAGAACAUUGCCGGAUUUGACAAUCCUGGUAAAUCCCUGUACACAACUAUGCGGGAGCUAGUUGAGAAUGCCCUUGAUUCCGCCGAAUCCAUAUCAGAGCUCCCUGAUAUAGAGAUUACAGUAGAAGAGAUCACAAGGACCAAGUUCAACACAAUGAUAGGGCUAGAGGAUCGACAGCGUUUUGACGAGGCACUAUAUGAUGAUUUUGAGUCAGAAAAGGAUCGUGAGAAACGCCUGGCCAAGGAAGCACGUUUCCAAGAAACUCAAGCUAAAAACGCUGCACUUGGGAAGAAAGUUAAGGAGGCUCCAUCUGUUCGAGGAAAAGGUCGGGGUGAGGCUGCGCUUUUCAAAGUGACGUGCAAGGAUAAUGGUAGAGGUAUGCCACAUGAUGAUAUCCCAAAUAUGCUUGGGAGAGUUUUGUCGGGCACAAAGUAUGGUUUGAGGCAAACACGUGGAAAAUUUGGACUCGGUGCUAAAAUGGCACUUAUAUGGUCAAAGAUGAGCACAGGACUUCCUAUUGAAAUUAAGUCAUCUAUGAAAGACCAGAACUAUACUUCCUUCUGUCGUCUGGACAUAGAUAUUCAUAAAAAUAUCCCUCAUGUUCAUUUACAUGAGAAAAGAGAGAACAAAACUCACUGGCAUGGGGCAGAGAUUGAAGUUAUAAUUGAGGGAAAUUGGACAACUCAUCGUUCAAAGAUCCUCCAUUAUAUGCGUCAGAUGGCAGUCAUCACGCCAUAUGCUCAGUUCCUUUUUAAAUUUCUAUCUGAUGCAGCAGACAAAAACUUAACAAUAAAGUUUGCACGCCGGACAGAUGUUAUGCCUCCUGUUCCACUUCAAACAAAGCAUCACCCAUCUGCGGUCGAUUUGUUACUGAUAAAACGCUUAGUUGCAGAGACUACAAAGCAAAAUCUUUUACAGUUUCUACAACACGAGUUUGUGAAUAUAAGCAAGCCACACGCUGAACGUUUAAUUGGGGAGAUGGGACCUGAUUUCAGUCCAAAAAUGACAGUUAAGAGCCUUACUUCUCAGCAAUUAGUUCGAAUACAUCAACUAUUUAGGCAGGCUAAGUUUGAUGAUCCCAGUGGCAAUUGUCUUAGUCCUGCAGGUGAAUAUAAUUUACGCCUGGGUAUCAUAAAAGAGUUGCACCCUGAUAUGGUUGCAACACAUGCAAGCAGCGCUCAGGUUUUUGAAGGUCACCCAUUUAUCGUUGAAGCUGGGAUAAGCAUUGGUGGAAAAGAUGUUAAACAAGGUCUAAAUAUUUUUAGGUUUGCAAACAGAAUACCGCUUCUUUUUGAACAAGGUGCUGAUGUCAUCACAAGAACUGCUCUAAAAAGGAUCCCUUGGAGCAGCUACAAAAUUAAUCAUCAGCAAGAUAAGAUUGGUGUCUUUGUGAGCAUUGUAAGUACAAAGAUACCUUUCAAAGGAACUGGAAAGGAGUACAUUGGGGAUGACAUAACUGAAAUAUCAUCUGCUGUUAAGUCAACCCUGAAGCAGUGCUGUCUUCAACUGAAGUCUAAGAUUGUGAAGAAACUUCAGGCUCGUGAGCGGCAGGACAGGAAAAGGAACCUGAACAGAUAUAUUCCUGAUGUUGCAAGAGCGAUUAUGGAAACUCUGGUAGAAAUUGCAGAUCAAUCUCCCCCCAAACGGCCACGCUAUGAUAAGGAAGAUGAGGAACUCCUUGAGAAGGUAAAUUCUGAGGAGGUGACAGAGAUGACAUUUAGAGACUGCUUGACUCAGCAUGUUGAACAGGUUGACUAUGAAAUGGCACUGGACUACGCCAUGCAGAGUGGAGUAAGCCAGGAGCCCCGAGAAGCAAUAUAUUUGAACUCACUUGAAGGAUCUUACAAGUUUGUCGACUUACAGAGUCCAGUCUUCAUGUUCAGAUUUGUUCCUUGA